AUGACCAUACGGUUGACUAGAGAUAAAGCUAUUGAUUUAAAAAAGGCUUGUAAAGCUUUAAGGACGGCCUCCAAACCACAAACAAUACGAGAGGUUGCGAGAAUUAUUGGUAAAAUAGUGGCAAGCUUCCCGGGGGUUAUGUACGGACCCUUGUACCACAGGGAGUUGGAUAAGGAUAAAACCCAGGCCCUAAAAGAAGCAAAAGGGGAUUUUGAUGCGACAAUGGCACUAUCACAGAGUGCAAAAACGGAAUUGCACUGGUGGGAGUGUCAUGUGGAAAACUCCUUUCCGAAAUUGACACACGAGGAGCCACAACAAAAAAUCACUACUGAUGCCUCGGGAUGGGGGGCGGAGUACCAAGAUAUAUCUACAGGGGGAUGUGGACUAAGUCUGAAGCUACAAAUCACAUUAACUACCUUGAAAUGUUAG